AGGUUAUGUAGAACUGUUUUAGCGAGAUACAAAAAAGUCUGCAACAAUGCAAAUGUCUACUGUCGAUGAGCAUGAAACAGGGCAGUAUGAACAAAGUAAGGAAGUGGAUCGGGUUGAUGUUGUAGAACAGGACCGAGUACCCCAGAGCUCUCACCAACAGGCUCAUGGUUCCUUCGUUCAGCUACCUGGCGAGAACCUCACCCUUCCCCAAGAAGUCGAGUGUGUAGAUGCAUGUUUUGAUGGACACAUCAGAGGACAGCUCCGGCUCACAAACUAUCGGCUAUUUUUCUCCGCUGCCGAAGGAGAACCGCAUGAUAUCGACAUUCCUAUUCAUUCUAUGCUCAAGAUAGACAAGAAGAGUCAAGCUGAAAAUUCUUACAGGUUGACAAUUCAGUGCAAGCAGUUUCUGUCUGUCCAGUUUACAGUUAACAAACAGGAACGUAAAAGCAAAGAUCUGUACCAGUGUCUGGUAAAAAACGCCUUCCCCGGUGACGAGGGAAAAGUGUUUGCGUACGAGUACCGUGCCAGGAAGAUUAAAGAGAAUGGGUGGGAAGUGUACGACUUUGUGCGAGAGUACACCCGCAUGGGCGCUCUACGCGACAACAGUAAGUGGCGACACAGCACAUUGAACAAGGACUUCCAACACAUUGACACCUAUCCGGAGGAUCUGAUAGUUCCCACGUCUGUGGCUGACGAGACAAUCAGGAAGAGCAGCUACUUCAGAUCUAUUGGUCGGGUACCUGUGUUGUCCUGGUUACAUCCUACUAACGAAGCUAGCAUUACUCGCUGUUCUCAACCUUGUGUCGGACUUUCUAAGAAAAGAUGUGAGGAGGACGAGGCUAUGAUAGCGGAGAUAAGAAAAGCGACCACAAAAUCAACUCACAUCUACAUCUGUGAUUGUAGACCCAGUGUCAACGCACACGCCAACAAGGCGAAAGGUAAAGGGUUUGAAUUGCCGGAGUUCUACGAGAAUAUUGAGUUUAGUUUCGGGAACAUAGAGAACAUACACGAGGUCCGAGCCAGCAACAACAGGUUGAGGGAUCUGGUAACAUCUCCUAAUAUAGAAGAGUCGAAAUGGCUGAGCAACUUGGAGGGGACAAAGUGGUUACAACACAUUCAAGCAAUACUACAAGAGGCUGUGAAGGUAGCGAGUAUUAUAGAGAACAAGAAGUCCUCAGUAGUGGUGCACUGUAGCGACGGCUGGGAUAGGACCUCUCAAAUAACCUCUCUUGCUAUGUUACUGCUGGACCCUUAUUAUAGAACUCUGCAGGGUUUCGAGGUACUGAUAGAAAAGGAGUGGUUGUCAUUUGGUCAUCAGUUCCAGGCGCGCCACUGUCACGGAACUCAGGAUAUCACCACGGACUACUCGCCCAUCUUCAUGCAGUUCCUGGAUUGUGUGUGGCAGAUCACACAGCACUACCCCUACAGCUUUCAGUUCAACAAGUACCUUCUCACUUUCAUCGCUCAACACCUUUACUCUUGUCUUUACGGUACUUUUCUAUACGAUAGUGAGAGACUCAGGCGGGAAAAUGAGGUGAAGACAAAAACACAAUCCCUGUGGUCGUAUGUAAACAGUUUUAGUACGGAGUUCCUGAACCCCCUGUAUAAGGAAAGGAAGGUGUGUAUUCUUCCCAUGAUCAGCAUGCGGACUAUCAGACUGUGGAGAGAGAACUGGAUGGCAUACCACCCCUUCUACAGGUUCCAGGAUCCUCUGUUUGAAAGACUGAUGGAGCUGGUUCACUUGAGAGAGAAAAUCCAAAGUAACUGCGACGAACUGAGAGCUAGACAUCAAACCACUGUCAAGAUAGCUGUCUCGUCUUAAUCCCUCUCUUCAGGGAAUUACAACCUGGAACCUUAAAUUUGACGUUAACGGUGUGGCGUUAUAGGGUUGUUAAAAUUUCGUACGAUUUAGUUUAAAGAUUGAAAUAUUAUUUGAUAAAACUCGAUUAAGAAUGUUAAUGUGUUCAUUGUAAUACCUUGUUGUUAAUGCGAGAUGACCUGUUUUGUAAAUUUGUAGACUGAUAAUGAUAACUUCUGUUAAUAAUGUUAUGUUCAACUUUUAGUGCUCUGAUUUAAAAAUAAGUAUUUACAAUUUAUCAAUAUCUAAACAUUCAAUGUUGGUAGGUCAUCAUGGUUAUUAGUUACUGUUUUAAGUUUUUGAAAACUGGUUAAAAACGAAUUAAGAAUAUUUAGAAAUCGUUACGAAACAAUUUAAACUCUUGUUUAUUAACAGCUUAUUUUAGGAAUAUGUACGAUACCAUUAACAAUAUGAUGUAUAUUAAUUAUUCAUUGUUCAAAAUUUGCAUUUAUUCUAAAUAAAUCGAUGCUGUUGAAAGAAAAUUUCCUUCAAAAAGAUAAUAGAAUCAUUUUAUUUAUUUUACUUAUAACACAAAUGUUCACAGUUUUGUUCUUAGAGAGUACCGUUUUACUGAUGACACAUAGUUUACACAACAUAAUUGAACUUUGCACUUAAUA